GCGCCUGCGCGUUGCUGACGACUCGCCCGGUUCUCCAUCAGUCCAGAAGGACGUUGGUGUUGAGGGAGAAGAACCACCAUGUCUUCCAGUGUUUUGGCAAAACCGCAGAUGCGAGGCCUUCUGGCCAAGCGACUGCGAUUUCAUAUUAUUGGAGCAUUCGUUAUGUCCCUGGGGGUUGCAACUUUCUAUAAGUUUGCAGUAGCUGAACCAAGAAAGAAGGCAUAUGCAGAUUUUUAUAGAAAUUAUGAUUCCAUGAAGGAUUUUGAGGAGAUGAGGAAAGCUGGUAUCUUUCAGAGUGCAAAAUGAUUUUGGAAUGUAAAGAAUUUCUUUGGAUUGAGUUCCAUGAAAGUUGUCACUGACCUGUGUUCCUGAACCAUGACUGUGUGGGCUAAGGAAUAAUUUCUUGUUGGUAAAUAAACAAUACUUUGGACAGUA